AGCUGUAUGUAAUGAAUUUAGGACUACGAUACCCGUAAACCAGUCGCUUUUUGAUGACGUAAUGAGAACGUUCAGGCUCUGUUGCAGAACCGUUGCGUCAGAAACCUGCGCUUGUGAGUCUGAGGAGGUGAAGAACAAACGAUUCUCUACGGGUUAAGUGUAAUUGUUCAAAACAAAUAUGUUGGUCGCGAGGCUAGCAUGCCUAAAGACGCUCCCCCUGGCUGGGCUCCGUCCGCUGCUGACGCAGGGCAGCUCAUCUGUAAGAGCACCUGCUCUGAAGACCUGCACACCCCUGUUCAGAUCACAGCAGACACAGGGUUUGUCCUCUAAAGCCAGAUUUGGUUUUCGUCGUGGGCGGACAGCCAAAGACCAGCUAAAGGAGGCAGCGUUUGAGCCGAUGACAGAUACUGCCUUUAAAGUUGACCAAAUGGGGAGGAUUUUCCUGGCUGGAGGUGCAGUAGUCGGUCUUGGAGCGUUGUGCUACUACGGACUUGGAAUGUCCAGUGAAAUUGGCACCAUUGAGAAAGCAGUCGUUUGGCCUCAGUAUGUAAAAGACAGAAUCCGCUCUACCUACAUGUAUUUUGCUGGCACUGUUGGAGUCACUGCACUGUCUGCUUUAGCUGUGAGCCGGAGCCCAGCACUCAUGAGUCUAAUGUUAAGACAGUCCUGGCUUGCAAUAGGAGCGACUUUUGCAGCCAUGAUUGGUACAGGAAUGUUGGUCAGAUCCAUCUCAUAUGAGCACAGUCCUAUGCCCAAACACCUUGCUUGGAUGCUCUAUGCAGGUGUCAUGGGGGCUGUCAUUGCCCCUCUGACUCUCCUGGGGGGGCCUCUCAUGUUGAGAGCUGCCUGGAACACAGCAGGCAUUGUGGGAGGUCUGUCGGCUGUGGCCAUGUGUGCCCCAAGCGAGAAGUUCCUAAAUAUGGGUGGUCCACUUGCUAUCGGCUUUGGAGUGGUCUUUGCUUCAUCUAUUGGAUCCAUGUUCCUUCCUGCCACCUCAGCUUUUGGAGCAGGACUCUACUCCUUGAGCAUCUACGGAGGCCUGGCCCUGUUCAGCUUGUUUAUUCUUUACGACACACAGAAGGUCAUUAAGAGAGCAGAGACACACCCAGUAUACGCUGUACAAAAAUAUGAUCCCAUUAAUGCGUGUCUGGCCAUUUACAUGGACACGAUGAACAUCUUUGUGCGCCUGGUGACUAUACUGGCAGGUGGUGGCAACAGAAAGAAGUAAACAACCAACGUUUGAACUCACUGAGACAGAGAUAAAAAAGAUCUUUAAUUCAUAGCAGCCUUCAUCAUUGAAGUUGGUGGUUGAUUGAGCAUUGCAGAUGCUAUAUAUCCAGCUCUAUGUUUUCUAUUUAUUUUUCUCACAGGUAGGUGGAGUAUGUAACACAAAUAACACAUGAUCAACCACACACAACCAGUUCUCCCGCGAUGAAACAAUAUCAUCUAGUAAAUGCUAAAAUCAUAGGUUUGUGAUUGUUUGGCCUGCGCUUAAAAUACCAAUGUAAAAAAAAUCUAAAUAAUUAAACUUUUGUAUUUAUCUUC